CUUAUUGGCUGAGCGUCUCAAGGGCUCGGGACGUGAUUGGCCCUUGCUUUCAGUCGGAGGGAGGCACGCGGCUGGGGUGCAUGGCCCAAGAGCAGGGAGGGGGCCCGGAGGAGGGGCGCGAGCUCUGGCGUCGGGUGUUUUGGUUUGGAUUUUUUUUUUUUUCCGCGAAAGAAGUUUGCUUUGGCCACGCCUCAAGGCUGCCGCCUCCUCCGGCCCCCUCCUCCGCCCCUGGGCGCACACCUCUGGGUGCAGAUUGCAAAGCUCCCUUUUCUUUGCGAGAAGUGCAAAUUUUGCUAGAGCCAGAGGCUCGCCCACCUGGUACAGAAGGAGCGCGCGCCUGUGUCCCUUGGGGACCCACAGUUGCAAAGAGACAGCUGCUUGAUUUGGUCACCCACUCGCCGAGACUAUAGGAUCCUCCCGGGACACUCUUUUUGAGUUGCACCUUUCUGCAGACGAGACUGGCUGACCCUCUCCGCGCUCUUAGGAUUUGCAGCGUUCUGAUAACUGGAGGCUUGCACGCCGCGCUCGCCCGACCCUGGAACACACUCGCCCGAACCACAGGAGUGUGAGAGAGACUGACAUAUCAUCUCUUCGACUUUAUGAGCUCAUGAACCUGGGAGCAGGUGCCCGGCAAUGGCGCGGCCUCUGAGCGACAGGACCCCGGGUCCCCUGCUGCUGGGUGGUCCGGCCGGGGCCCCCCCUGGCGGGGGAGCGCUGCUUGGGCUGAGGAACCUUCUGCAGGGAACCAGCAAGCCCAAAGAGCCGGCCAGCUGUCUCCUGAAGGAAAAGGAACGCAAGGCAACUCUGCCCUCAGCCCCCGUCCCGGGACCCGGCCUGGAGACGGCGGGCCCAGCCGAUGCCCCGACUGGGGCGGUUGGUGGCGGUGGGUCCCCGCGGGGGCGCUCAGGGCCAGCGGCUGGCCCGAGUCUUUUUGCGCCGCUGCUGUGGGAACGCUCUCUGCCUUUCGGCGACGUGGAAUACGUGGACCUAGACGCCUUCUUGCUGGAGCACGGGCUACCGCCGAGCCCGCCACCCCUCGGGGGCCUGUCGCAGGCACCCUCUCCAGCGCGCACGCCCGCGCCCUCCCCCGGGCCGGGCUCUUGUGGCUCCUCUUCCCCCCGCUCCUCACCCGGGCACGCCCCCGCGCGGGACACUCUGGGAGCCGCCGGCGGCCACCGCGCAGGCUUGACCUCUAGGGACACACCCAGUCCUGUGGACCCAGACACCGUGGAGGUGCUAAUGACCUUUGAACCUGAUCCAGCUGAUCUCGCCCUGUCAAGCAUUCCAGGCCAUGAGACUUUUGACCCUCGGAGACACCGCUUCUCAGAGGAGGAACUGAAGCCUCAGCCAAUCAUGAAGAAGGCAAGGAAAGUCCAGGUGCCGGAGGAACAGAAGGAUGAGAAAUACUGGAGCCGGAGGUACAAGAACAACGAGGCAGCCAAGAGGUCCCGAGACGCACGGAGACUCAAGGAGAACCAGAUCUCGGUGCGGGCGGCCUUCCUGGAGAAAGAGAACGCCCUGCUGCGGCAGGAGGUGGUGGCUGUGAGGCAGGAGCUGUCCCACUACCGUGCUGUGCUCUCACGCUACCAGGCCCAGCACGGGACCCUGUGAGGCCACUUCCACCCUACCAGGGCUGACUUCUGAUCCUUGCUGAGACUUGUACCUGACACCCUCCUCCCUCCUCAUCCCAUGGCCAGUGCUCUGGCCAGCUAGGUGCCCCAGGGACGUCAUGAUGCAGACAAAUACAUUUAUAUUUUUAAGAAAAAGCUAGCCUUCCCCCACCUCCCUCACUGGGGUGGGGAGGGUCCUGUGUGCACUCUUAGCACGUAGGGGAACCCAUCCGCCCACCGCCUCCGUCAACACAAUCCUGAAUAAAUCUUGAGAACCCAGGAGCCAGCUGUUGUGGCGGACAAAGCAGCUACUGGCUCUGACUCAAAGCUGCAGCUCAAGCGGUGUGCUGCUACUUAGGGGCAGGAGUAACUCAAAGUGCUGUCAGACGGAAGGGGCAAAGGUCUAGAGGAAAGCGAUGCCUUUAUUGCAUAGACCUUUUCAAUUGCUGUUUAGACUAGUGACAGGGACAAGAAGACACAGAACAUGAAAAGUGACUCUCCCCACCGGCGAGGGGAAGAUCAUUAGUGCAAAUCUGGGGACUGCCUUGGGGAACCUGCCCCUCAAGGGCUGAUUGACCAAUCAAGUUGAGGCACCAGAGGAGGCAAGAAGCAGCCCUGGCGGGCCGUGAGCUGAACCCUUGCUAGCUCAUACAUUCCAGGCCCCGUCAUUGGGCAUCAAGGAAGGCAGGCC